GCAACAAAUCAGUUUAUUAUCUUCGAUUUGUUCCAAAUCCUCGCCGGCGGGAUUUUUAUAAUUUUACAUACUAGUUUCCAUGUUGCUUUCUCUUUUACAAUCUAUUGAUUUUGUAUAAAUGUGAAAAAACGUGCUAUCGAGGAAGGAGUUAAUUUAAAACAUGGCGACGGUGUAUCUUGAGUCACAUUUAUAAAAAGAUUUCAUGGAAGCCUUUCAGUUAACUGGAUGAAAGCUGAAAUUAAAACGACACAGAUCUUGGCACAAAUAUGAAAAGGCUUCUGUUUCUGUGUAUGGCCACUGCAUGUAUGGCCUUCCGCGAGGACGUAAUGGACGAAGUGAGCAUGAACUUCUACGAAUGUCCAGUGAUAGAAGUGAUGGAGAACUUCGAUAAGGAGAAGUUUCUCUCCGGGGGAUGGUAUGAAAUCGGACACUAUAGGGAAAACUUGGCGGAUAAUCGGUUAGAGACGAAGUCUUGCAUGUACUCCGAGUUCAAGAACGGCGAAGGGAACUGGUACAUGCCUGUGGGCUUAACGGCUCCGCAAAACAUGAAACGGGAGUCUGUCUUCGUCAACGCGGAGGGGGUGCUUGACUGCGCAGUGGACAUCCUGACCCCCAAAUACGACACAUCUGGGGUGCUGCGACUCUACGCUUCAUAUUUGUACCCUUCAUCCUAUGAGGGCAUGAACGUGGUCGCCACUAACUACGAGGACUAUGCGGUGUUGCACGAGUGUGCGGCGGGAGGAGUCGAGAGAGUCCAAGUUCUCUCGCGUAGGCCGACCAUGCAGAAUGCUCUGCUAGAUUUCAUCCAGAGAGCCUUGGAGUUCAAGGGGUCCGACUUCAGUGGGAGAUUCGUGAGGACAGACAAUUUCGGACAGUGUCCCUACAGGAACACAAAGAAAAACAACAGCAACGACAAGAAAAUAGAAGUUGAAGUUGGAGAAUUUAGCGACGAAAACGAUGAACCGAAGCCAAGAAAAACGAUCUUCUGGUGGUAAUUUGACAGACCAAACUGACUGAAAUGAAAAGUGAAAGAUAUUUAUUUUUUCAUGAAACGAAAGACAAGUUAUUUUAACUCCAAGUUUCAUGUCAACGCCUUCAUUAUUUUGACUAGCAAAUAAUCAAUUGUGAAAAACAACACUAAGACUGGCUCUGAUUAGUUUGAAAAAAGCACUUGGUAUCAGGGGCGGA